UGGGAAACGGAGGAAAUCCUGAAAGUUCAGACUCCAUUUUAAGUCGACAGAGCAGAAGGAGGAAAACUGAAGGCUGAGGCAGGGUGAGUGUUAAUCCAACAUUUUUAUUAGUUUACUGUCAAAGUCUCUGAGUCAGUUUUCUCCCUGUGGACUGUAGAGGAAAGAAAUGAGAGAUGCGUCAUCACCACCAAAGAUCCUCAGUACAGUUCUGCUAGUCCAGGUUCUGCAGGUGAAGCGGUGAGACAGAUGGAGUGACUGAUGUCCAGAAGAUGAAUGUUUGUAAGGAGGAAGAGGAGGACAGAGCAGAGUCUCCAGUAUCCAGCUGUCAGUCUGUAAAGAGUGACCUGUCCAGAGAUGAAGCUCCAAACUUCAGUGAUGAACCUGGACCCUCAAACACAAAAGAGAGGAAGAGGAGUCCUGUUUCUGUGGAGGAGCAGCCGUCCUGCUGUGCUUUGUGUCAGGACGUCCUGAAGGAUCCAGUCUCUACCAGCUGUGGACACUGGUUCUGCAGACAGUGCAUCACCUCAUACUGGGACCAGUCUGCUUCAUCAGGAGACUCUUCCUGUCCCCAGUGUGGAAAAAGAUCCAGAAAGAGAGCUGGACUGCAGACAGCCAGUCAGAGCAGCUCUGUACAAAAUUGUGGUCUGCAGGAGGUUUUAGAUGAACAUAAGAUCAGUCUGAGGAGGAGAUGUGAACGUGUGACUGAAGGAACUGAAGAAACAGGAAGUGGAACCCUCCUCAACAGGAUCUACACUGAGCUCUACAUCACAGAGGGACAGAGUGAAGAGGUUAAUACCCAACAUGAGGUGUGGCAGCUUGAGAAAGCUUCCAAGAUGGAGACCAUUCAUGACACUCCAAUCAAGUGCCACGACAUCUUUAAAGCCUUACCUGACCAACAGAGACACAUCAGAGUGGUUCUGACCAACGGCGUCGCUGGCGUUGGAAAAACCUUCUCGGUGCAGAAGUUCACUCUGGACUGGGCAGAGGGCUUGGAAAACCAAGAUGUCAGUCUGCUGGUUCUACUUUCAUUCAGGGAGCUGAACUUGAUCAAAGAUGAGCAGUACAGUCUUCUCACGCUGCUCCAUGUUUUCCAUCCAACAUUACAGAAGGUCCCAGCAGAGAAGCUCGCUGUCUGUAAACUGUUGUUCAUCUUUGACGGCCUGGAUGAAAGCAGACUUUCAUUGGAUUUCCACAACAGUGAGGUUGUGUCUGAUGUCACACAGAAGUCAUCAGUCAACCUGCUGCUGACAAACCUCAUCAAGGGGAAUCUGCUUCCCUCGGCUCUCGUCUGGAUAACUUCCCGACCUGCCGCAGCCAAUCAGAUCCCUCCUUCAUGUGUUGACAGGGUAACAGAAAUACGAGGCUUCACAGAUGCCCAGAAGGAGGAGUACUUCAGGAGGAGAGUCAGUGAUGAAGAGCUGUCCAGCAGAAUGAUCUCACACAUCAAGACCUCCAGGAGCCUCCACAUCAUGUGUCUAAUCCCAGUCUUCUGCUGGAUCACUGCUACAGUUCUGGAGCACAUGUUGACUACAGACCAGAGAGGAGAGCUGCCCAAGACCCUGACUGACCUGUACUCACACUUCCUGCUGGUUCAGACAAAGAGGAAGAAGCAGAAGUAUGAUGAGACCCAUGAGACGAGUCAACAGGAGCUGACGGAGGCUGACAGGAAGGUUCUUCUGAAGCUGGGGAGGAUGGCGUUUGAACAUUUGGAGAAAGGAAACAUCAUGUUCUACCAAGAAGACCUGGAGCAGUGUGGUCUUGAUGUCACAGAGGCCUCGGUGUACUCAGGAAUUUGUACAGAGAUCUUCAAAAGAGAGAGUGUGAUCUUCCAGAAAACAGUCUACUGCUUUGUUCAUCUGAGCGUUCAGGAGUUUCUGGCUGCAGUCUACAUGUUCCACUGUUACAUCAACAGGAACUUGAAGAUGCUGGAGGACUUCCUGAAGAUCAAACACAUUGAUUCAACCCUGGAUGUCUUUCUGAUGGGAGCAAUGAUGAAAUCCCUUGAAAGUAAAAAUGGCCACCUGGACCUGUUUGUUCGCUUCCUUCAUGGCCUCUCUCUGGAGUCCAACCAGAGACUUUUAGGAGGCCUGCUGGGUCAGACAGACAACAGUCCAGAAAUGAUCCAGACAGCCAUCAGUAACCUGAAGGAGAUGGACAGUGAUAAGAUCUCUCCUGACAGAAGCAUCAACAUCUUCCACUGUCUGAUGGAGAUAAACGACCUCUCAGUUCAUCAGGAGAUCCAAGCAUUCCUGAAGUCAGAGAACAGAUCAGAGACGACACUUUCUGUGAUCCACUGCUCAGCUCUGGCCUACAUGCUGCAGAUAUCAGAGGAGGUUCUGGAUGAGUUGGACCUGAAGAAGUACAACACAUCAGUGCAGGGACUACUGAGACUGAUUCCAGCUGUGAGGAACUGCAGAAAGGCUCGCCUUUCUGGAUGUGGACUCUCACAUACUCACUGUGAAGUCGUGGCUUCAGCUCUGAAGUCCAACCCCUCCCAUUUGAGAAAUCUAGACCUGAGUCACAAUAAGGACCUGCAGGAUUCAGGAGUGAAGCUGCUGUCUGCUGGACUGGAGAGUCCACACUGUAGACUGGAGAUUCUGAGAUUGAGUCUCUGCAGGUUGUCAGAGAUCAGCUGUGCUUCUCUGGCCUUAUCUCUGAAGUCUAACCCCUCCCAUCUGAGAGUGCUGCAGCUGAGUGACAACAAGCUGCAGGAUUCAGGAGUGAAGCUGCUGUGUGAUUUUCUGAAGAGUCCACAUUGUAGACUGGAGACUUUGGGAUUGUGGGACUGCAGAUUGUCGGAGAUCAGCUGUGCUUCUCUGGCCUCAGCGCUAAAGUCCAACCCCUCCCAUUUGAGAGAGCUAUGGCUGGGUAACAACGAUCUGCAGGAUUCAGGAGUGAAGCUGCUGUGUGAUUUUCUGGAGACUCCACACUGUAGACUGGAGACUCUGAGACUGAGGCGCUGCAGUUUGUCAGAGAUCAGCUGUGCUUCUCUGGCAUCAGCUCUGAAGUCCAACCCCUCCCAUCUGAGAGAGCUGCAGCUGAGCUACAACAAGCUGCAAGAUUCAGGAGUGAAGCUGCUGUGUGAUUUUCUGGAGAGUCCACACUGUAGACUGGAGGCUCUGAGAUUGAGUUGGUGCAGUUUAUCAGAUAUCAGCUGUGCUUCUCUGGCCUCAGCUCUGAAGUCCAACCCCUCCCAUCUGAGAGAGCUGAAGGUGAACUUCAACAACCUGCAGGAUUCAGGAGUGAAGCUGCUGUGUGAUCUUGUGGAGAGUCGACACUGUAGACUGGAAACUCUGAGAUGGAAGUGAUCUCUGUCAGAGCGUGAGUGAUGAGAAAGUUGGUGGUGUUGAGAGAAGAUCAGCUGUGUCCUGAUGAUCCAGCGAGGUUGAAGCAGCAGCAUCAGCUUGUGUGUGGAGAUGCUCUGACUGGGCCUUGUUACUGGGAGGUAGAGUGGAGGGAAGAGCUUCAUCCAGCAGUAACCGACAGAGGAAUCACAACAGUGCUGCAGUCUGAAAUGCUUAGCUCCACUUUCAGACACAAAGUCAAGUCCACCAUCAUCCCUGUUCUACACAGUCUCUGCUCCACCUCCUCCACCUGGACUUUAUUUCAUUCAGAUGUUCUGAAUCCAAAGUGCCUCUGCAGAUUAGUUCUGUUUAACUCAACAUAACUGCAAAUUAACACAUUUAAAUGGAUUCUUCUGGGUUUUUUUCUGUUUCUGUUGCAGCUUCAUCUUGUGGAUUGAAUUUCCACAUUAUAUUUCUAACACAUUUUGGACAUUGACGUGAAAAAGCAGCAUCUAGCAUGCAUGCAUAAAGUAAUUUCUCUGAAGUUCUGCUUAUUAACACCAAUACCAGACUCUUCUCACAGUUUAAUAGAUAAUUGUUUUUAAUAUACAAACAUGAAGAUAAUACCUGUAGAAAGUUUGGAUUUAAUCAAAGCUUCUUGACGUCUACAAACUGAAACAUGAUUCUGAUUCCAGUCUUAAGUCUCAUUGUUAUUACUGCAGGAUUAAAUAUCUGUUUACUUUUUGAAAUAGUCUCUCUCUCUCUCUCUCUCUCUCUCUCUCUCUCUCUCUCUCUCUCUCCCUAUAUAUAUAUAUAUCACCAGAUUGUGUUGUUGCGGAAAACUGAACUAAAUAACUGCAAAGUCUUGUGACAAAUAUCUAUGGGUUUGUCACUAUGAAAGACCUUUUUCAUGUUCACUUCAUCAUUUGAUGAUGGUUAAUAAAAAAAUAUUGUUUAGACUCGCUUUUAGUCGCUGAAUUAUAUCUCGAUUUUAGUGAAAAGCCAGUGCUGUCUUAAACCUUGGUCAGAUCCUGAACACCAGAACAUUUUAAUAACUUCUUAUGUAUCCUUUUUUCUUUUGAUAUUAAAUUAAUCAGCAAAAAGUAAUAUAUAAGUUCUAACUAUAAACGUUAGUGUCAUUAUUAGUGAUUAAGAUUACGCACAUGUAGACAUUUGUUGUGUUUUCUCAUGUCAGUUUACAUUGUUGCAGGAAAAAAACAAUCCCGUUAUUCAAAUCCUAUUUUACAUCUCAUGUGAUGUAAAUCUCCACAAUCCAGCUCCUAUAAAUAUAAAUGUGCUGCUGUUGGUGUAAAUAAAGCCCAUUUGUUGAAUUA